CCACUUCAAGUUUAAUUGACGCACAAUGGAAGGCUGACACCUUUCAUUGUUGGAGUCACGUCUUUCGGAGGGGUUUGCGGAUUUUCAACUCCUGGCGUAUACACGAAGGUGUCUUCCUAUCGCGAUUGGAUUAUUUAUACGAUGCAAAACCACGGAUCACAUGCAAACGAGUUGAUUUUGAAUGCCACAUUCUGUUCAUUGCCAUUUGUAAGUUUUCGUGACUAUGGGGAUGCCGUUAUCGGUAAUAGAAAUACAAUCCAUCCGUAUUUUUCUGGAAACCCAGCACUGAGACAUGUUCAAGUUGAAAAACUUCCUCGACACGUAGUAAAACUUUCCUGGCACUUUGGAGGACGUGAUGAUUGCUACGGUGUUAUAAUUGACGAAACUACGGUUUUAACAUUGGCUGAAUGUGUUUUUCAUAAUAAGAUUCCCGUUGAUCAUAUUUUAUACUUGGAAGAUGAAAAAAUGAACGUUACCAACAUUCACAUUCAUCCUAACUAUGCUAAUGGAUCUGGAUAUGAUAAUAUCGCAAUUCUGUCUCUGGAGCAUUUGCUGGAUGUUAGAAAAGUUCAACCUGUAUGCCUUUGGCACGAACAGGAUAUACCAUUCAAUGAAGUGCACGUUUUCGGAAAUGGUAGAAAAGAUAUGAAUAGUUUCCCUGGAUUACCAAGGCUUGAUCCCACAAUAGCUUUACUUAAGUCUCGUUUAGCUGUCCAGAAUUCAUCAACAUGUGUUAUUCCUAAUCUGUAUGAAUCCAGACUCAAAAAUGGAAUGCAAAAAGAGCACGUUUGCAUUGGGGAGGACUUCUUUUUGGUACCAAAAUCUUGUGACCUGUUGAUUGGUGGUCCAAUUGCUGGAACUGUGCGGCGCGCCGAUUCUGUAUAUCCUGCAGUUUUCGGAUUAGUGCAGUUUGGAAGAGACUGUGGUUUUGGAGAACACGCAGUUGCAACUGGAUUUGCUAAUCAUAUCGAAUGGAUGAAAUCUGUGCUAAAUAAUACUGAGAAAAAGAGCAUGAUUAAGUUUCUAGAUAAUGAUCUGCACGAGGGCGACGAAUGUAUAAAUUUUGAUAGUGAAAAAGCGGGUCUUUGCGUUGCUGUUUCGAAAUGUCCCCGGAAGUGGAAACAGUUUUUAUCCACUGGAAGUGUUCAAUUUUGUUCUUCCACGUCAGUGAUUUGUUGUCCACUGGAUGCAAUCGGAAGUGAAUCUAAUAUUCAUCAAGAUUUGGUCGCUUGUCCAGAUGUUGUACGAAAAGUUAAGCCAUCAUGGUUUGGAGGAUCACUGGUUUACAUUGGUUGGAUAGAGAAAGAUAUUUCAACAUUAAAAUGUUUGGGUUCUAUAAUCACAAAACGAGUUAUUUUGACUACAGCAAGUUGUCUUGGAGAAAUUGUACCAGAUUUUGUUAAACAGAUUUCAAACGCAACAAAUUUUCUAUAUAAAGUUAACACUACUUUCAAGCACCAUUUCUACAAUCCAACCGACAACAGCAACGAUAUUGGACUUGUGAAGUUGACAGAUGAGUUUAAAUGGACUCCAUAUCUGUAUCCCUCGUGCCUAUGGAUGAAUAAAACACACACUUCGUUAGUGAUGGAUAUACUCUAUCCACCUCAAGGACAAGAUUCUGCUUCACUGUUGAUGCUUUCAAAUGAGCGUUUAACUUUAGAUGAUUGCCAUCUUCGGUUUCACAAACUGGUAUACAGCCCUUUACCGAAACCAGCGUUUGGUCAUCCCGCGCGGUUGAAAGAAUUUGCUCACAUUGGAGCAAUCGGGUGGACUCAGUCGGAUGGCACCAUUUCGUGGAACUGCGGUGGAACACUAAUAUGGGAUAACUUUGUACUAACAGCUGCCCAUUGUGCCGUGGAUUUCAACAAUAAACGACCGGACGUGAUUAGAUUUGGGGAUUUGAAUAUCUACAGCUCCGAUGACGAUGAGUAUGCUCAACAGCUUAAAAUCAUUGAUGUUAUAAGACACCCUAAACAUCGGUAUGCUGCUCAAUACCAUGAUAUUGCAUUGAUGAAGUUGGAGAAAAAUGUUGCCCUUCAUGAAACAGUAGCUCCAGCAUGCCUUUGGACUGAUGAAGAAAUAAGAUUUAGAUCGUUAGAAGCAGCUGGCUGGGGCAAGACAGGAUUUGCCGAAGCACAGACCCCAGUGCUGCUGAAAAUAACCCUUAAACCAAUGAACAAUGAAGAGUGUGGUAAGAUUUACAUGAAUGAUACAAACCGCAGGUUACGCCUUGGUCUCCAGGAUCAUCAUAUCUGUGCUGUGGAUGAAAAAAUGGAUACUUGCGAGGGUGAUUCAGGAGGUCCACUUCAGAUUAAAUUGAUGCACAAUGGAAGGGUGACUCCUUUUCUAGUUGGAGUAACAUCGUUUGGGACGGUUUGCGGCACCUCAUCUCCUGGCGUAUACACGAAGGUGUCUUCCUAUCACGACUGGAUUAUCGAAACAAUGCGAACUCUUGGGGGAAACGUAAGCGAGUCCACUUUUAAUGCUACAUUUUGUGCAUUACGGUAUGUUCAUUUGAGAGAAUAUGAGGAUGCCGUUAUCACCAGUAGAACUGAUUCGUACGUCUCUGCAGACUCAAGCUUGCGACAUAUGAAAGCUGCCGACAAGCUUCCAUCGUACGUAGUGAAACUUUCUUGGGGUUCCGGAGGUCGGGAUAACUGUUAUGGUGCAAUAAUCGAUGAAACUACAGUUUUGACAUUGGCUGAAUGCGUUUUUCACAAUGGGGCUCCUGUUGAUCAUAUUGUAUACUUAGAGGACAAAAAGAUGAACGUAACCAAGUAUCACAUUCACCCUGAAUAUACCGAAGGAUCUGGGUAUAAUAACAUUGCAAUUCUGUCACUGGAGCAUUUACUGGAUGUACAUCAAAUUCAACCUGCAUGUUUUUGGCAUGAACAGGAGUUACCAAAGAAUGAAGUACACAUUUUUGGGAAGGGUAGAGAGGAUAUUAACACUUUCUGGCCGGGAAAUCCUUUGAUCGAUCCCACAAUAACCCUACUCAGGCCUCGGUUAGCUGUCCACAAUUCAUCUUCGUGUGCAAUUCCUGACCUGUAUAAACCCAGACUCCAGACUGGGUUAAAAAGGGAACUCGUUUGUACUGGGAAGGAUUUUUUUCUGGUACCAAAGUCUUGUGAUCUGUUGGUUGGUGGUCCCAUUGAUGAAACCAUGUGGCGUGUAAGUAAUACCUAUCCUACAAUAUUCGGAUUAGUGCAGUUUGGAAGAGAUUGUGGAUUUGGGGAACACACCGUUGCAACAGGCUUUGCCGAUCAUCUUGACUGGAUGAAAUCAGUGAUUUUAGCUAAUCAUACCGAAGGAAAUAGUGCGCUUCAGUUCCUAGAUCACGAGCUGCACGAAGGUGACGCCUGUGUAGAUGAUAACAAAUCUGGUUUUUGUGUUGCUGUUUCUGGAUGUCCACGACAAUGGAGGCAAUUUUUAUCCACACGACGUAUUCAAUUUUGCUCUUCCACCUCGGUAAUUUGUUGUCCAUUGGAUGCAAUCGAAAGUACAUACGAUAUUCAUCCGGAUUUAGUCGCUUGUCCAAAUGUUGUACGAAAUAUGAAAUCGAAGAUGACUACAGGAUCACUGGUUCACAUAGGCUGGGUCGAGGACGAUAACAGUUUGACAUUCAAAUGUAUAGGUUCUAUCAUCACGAAAAGCAUAAUUUUAACUACAGCCAGUUGUCUUGGAGAAAUUGUACCAGAUGUUGUAAAAUUGAUUUCGAACGAUACAAAUUCUUAUUAUCAAAUUAAUGCUACUCUUACACAUUACGCCUACAAUGCAACCGACAACAGUAACGAUAUCGGUCUCGUGAGGUUGAGAGAUGAAUUUAAAUGGAGUUCGGAUGUGUACCCAUCGUGCCUAUGGACAAAUAAUACGCACACUCCGUUAAUAUUGGAUAUGGUUUUUCCAAGUGGACCCGUUGACGUAUUCUAUCGACGCGUGCUAGCGAUGUAUAAUUCGGACUGUCAGAGAACGAACGCUUAUCAGUUAACAGAAAGUCAGCUCUGCGUGCGAGAUCCUCGGGAUAAAUCCACCUGUCCGGGAUUGCCCAGCAUAUUGCACUGGCAACGGGAUGAUGGAGUUAUAUUUGCUGUUGGCUUGUCAACAGUUCUACCGGAUUGUGAUGAGCGCUAUUAUAUGAUAUACACCAGAUUUUCAGCCUACUCUCAAUGGAUAAGCAACAUUCUCCAAAAGUUGAAUUGAUUAGAGAAAUUUUGUCACUCCAUUAUAUUAUGCAUUAUAUUAGGGUUAUACAUCCAUAGAUGUUUAGUUAAACGAAUAUGCUAGGAAAAUGAUAUACGUUGUAAUUUCCUAUGAAAUUCAUUUGUUUGUAACGAAUUAAACUUUUAUGAUUCUUUUG